AUGAGCUUAUGCAGCAUUUGCAGCCCUGGCGGCGACGCGCCCUCGCCCCCACGCAAGCGGAACCCGCGUCUCUGCGAUGACUGCCAGGAUUGGGAUGAUCUACAGCAUGUCUCCUCAUGCCUGGAGAAGCAGCAGAAGUUCAAACCAGUGAAUCCACUGCACUUCUGUUACAAGCACAAUCGUGACUGGCCUCCUAUGCGGAAAGCCGGGUACUGCGACCUCAAGGAGCUGGACUUUCACGGAGGAGAAUAUUUCGCUAGCCGGCGAGACAAUUGUAUGAUGUGCUCCACCGUGGGUGAUGUGCUUGAAAGUCGCAUCACGGAGGAUUCGAGAGAUUCAAAGGUCAGGCUCGCGAUCUGGAAACCCUUUGUCUUUGAUCCACUUGACCAUCAUCGAAGUACAAGUAAGGAUGCAGCGGUCAGCAAGGGGUUGCUUCCCUGGAGUCAAACGUGCGUCCUCGCAGUGUGUAUGGCGAAGGGGGACGAGAAGGGAGAUUGGGUCUACCAACCAUGCGUCAUUCAUCUGCUUCUGCAGUACGAUCAAUGGUGCCACGGCCUGACUAAGGUGUCUCUCUGGCAAAGGGAGUUGGUCGAUAUGGCACAAGUCAAAGAUUGGCUCGACCGGUGCGUUCACGAACACGGGCAAGACUGCAAUGGGCCCGCUAUGAGUGUCUCUGCCAGUUUGCCCAGUUCCUUUCGACUCGUUGACACGCUUGAUCGAUGUGUUGUGCAGCCUACUUCGAACGUCGAGUACACGGCACUGAGUUAUGUUUGGGCAGCAGCCUCAGAUUCGUUGGAAAAACAGGAACUUCAGUUGGUGCGAAGCAACUUGGAGCUUAUGAGCAAGCCUGGCAGUCUAAACGAUAACAACAUACCCGAGGUGGUUAUGGAUGCGAUUCGUCUAUGCCAGCAAAUCGGGAAGCGUUAUCUGUGGGUCGAUCGGUUUUGCAUUAUCCAAGAUGACCCCGAGUCCAAGAUGGAGCAAAUAGCUGCCAUGGGCAUGGUCUACCAACAGGCAUUCCUGACAAUCGUGGCGCUCGCAGAUGGUCCGACCAAGGGGCUUCCAGGCGUUGAUUCCCGUCCACGGCGAGUGACCUUGGAGAAUUGGAGCUGGGACCUCCUGGCAACGAUGAGGAACCCGAUGGGAAGCGCACGGAUUCCAUGGAUAGAGGUGGCACUUGAGCGUUCGAGGUGGAAUUCUAGAGCCUGGACUUUCCAAGAACGACUCUUCUCAGGGCGCCGUCUUUACUUCGAUGAAGGACACGUGUAUGGCAACUGUGGCACGGAGAUGUGGCAUGAAAAGCCGGAGGCAGAAUCGUGGAAAGACUGGUUGGACACACCGUACGGGCAAGUUCGAACCAUGAAUGAUCAAGCGAAACAUAUAUCCACUACAUCAUUCGAGGACAUUUCAGUCCCAAUCAGCCAGUACUCCGCGAGGAAGCUUACAUUUCCGAGCGAUGUGAUGAACGCCUUUGCCGGUGUUGGUGGCUUGAUACAGAGCCAGAUGGGCACCAAACUUCUUCAGGGGCAUCCGGAAAGAUAUUUCCUGGAAUCCUUGCGGUGGAUACCUUAUGACGAGAGAGCGACUAAGCGAAUUGUAGAUGGCAUUCCAAGCUGGAGCUGGGCUGCGCUGGAUGGUGAGGUUCAAUGGCUUCGGUCUUGGACCGUUGCGAAAGACACCUACCUGGAGGCAGCGUCCGGGCUCAAGGCAAAUAUCCUUGAGUUCUUUUAUUCUGAUCCUGAUACUGGCAUCCGACCAGUCAUUGAGGACAAACGCGCGCUCAACCUUCUUCAAGAGCAUGUCAAGCGACAGGCGUUGGUGCUCAUUCAGAAAGCGGCCUUAUCGUGGUGGCCGACUUCACGUUCCACUGAUGACAACAUUCUGGACAUGGGCAAGGAACAAAUCGACAUAUUGAUUCAAGAGGUUCGGAAGUUUGCACGAGAAAAGGGGUGGGAAGGAACGGAAUUUGGUAAAGCAAAACCUCAUGACGACCGGCAAGGCCAUUACUAUGACCCCGAGGAGAGUACCUGCGCUAUAACGGCUCUUCGCAUACUGGACCAAUAUACGAUACCUUCGUCCUGGUGGCCACAGAACAGCAUCUCUCAUGAUGAUCCAGUGACGGUAGAUAAACGACACGAUGGGUUCGAAGAAGCAUACGCAACUGCUAUCCAAUGCCCCAACGCCCUAUUGUUCACCACUACCUGUGCAUACCUAUCUGUGAAUCCAUAUGGGUAUGCCUUUUUCAUGAUCCCACCACGUCGACACUUCACUGGUUGCCACAUAACCACACCGGACAGCAAGACAGCGGUUGGUAUCACCAUGUCUAUGAGCCCGCGCUUUGCGCACGAAAACUUCUAUACGCACGCAGAAAAUCAGAAGCUGCACCCAGUGUUCGUCUUGGGUGUAUGUACCGCGACAAGGAGAAUGCAGUUCAGCGAAAGCAGUGGCCUGCGUGGGAAUCUACCGGUGUUGUCAUGGGACGAAUUGUGCCUCUUGGUGAUGAUUGGCGAGGAGGAUAAGGAGCGUGGUGUAAUGAGGCGGCUGGCUAUUGGAGUAGUGUAUGCAGACGUCUGGGCAGAUAUUGAAAAGGAUUGGAGGAGUAUAGUACUCGUGUAA